ACUUAAUCAAACUGUAUGUGUUUGUUGAUAGCGGCACUAGCCUCGGCUGCAGUGCUGCUGUUUACUGUGGGCUGGGCGGAUUCUCAUCUAAAGGCCUCCAUACUGCAUCUUCCUGAUGUCCAAAUACAAACUUUUCCUGCUCAGGCAUGGAGAAGGGGCCUGGAACAAGGAGAACCGCUUCUGCAGCUGGGUUGACCAGAAACUUAGCAAGAAUGGGGUGGUGGAAGCCCAAGAGUGUGGUAGGCUCUUAAAAGAACAGGGGUACCAAUUUGACCAUGUUUUUACUUCAAUACUGAGCCGCUCCAUCCAGACAGCCUGGUUGGUGCUGGAGGCCAUGGGCCAAGAGUGGGUCCCAGUCACCAAAUCCUGGAGGUUAAAUGAGCGGCAUUAUGGUGCCCUAAUCGGCCUUAACCGGGCUGAAAUGGCAUUGAACCAUGGUGAGGAACAGGUUAAACUGUGGAGGCGUAGCUAUGAUAUCACUCCACCCCCCAUAAAUGAGUCACAUCCCUUUUAUGCUGAAAUUUAUAACGACCGCAGAUACAGUACGUGUGAUGUUCCGAAAGAGGAACUGCCCAAAACAGAAAGCCUGAAGGAGGUGUUGGACAGACUUCUGCCAUACUGGAAUGAUGUCAUUGUACCGGUGAUCAAGACUGGCCAAACUGUCCUCAUCUCUGCACAUGGCAACAGCUGCAGAGCCUUGCUUAAACAUUUGGAAGAUAUAUCGGAAGCAGACAUUGUCAGUGUAACCUUGCCCACGGGAGUACCAGUCUUACUGGAGCUGGAUGAGGAUCUUCGACCCAUCAAACCCCGUCAGCUCCUGGGUGACCAGGCCAAAAUACAGGCAGCUAUCAAAAAGGUAGAGGAUCAGGGAAAGGUCAGUGCAGGAACUAAAUAAGGAUUCUUUGUGAAGAGUCAAAACCAUGCAGAAAGGAGUUAUUCAAAAAGUAAAGUUAUUGGCACUAAAAGUUGCUCAAUAUGUCCUGAAGCACUGAUCAUUAUACCAGGUAAGGAUAGUUGCAGCAAAUAGGUCAGCUCCUCUAACUGUUGGAGUCUUUAUUGAGGCACAGGUUUCUGAUUCAAAAUACAGAUUUAUUACGAAUAUUUUCUCAUUGCAGUAGAAGUAAAAUGCAAUAGUAGAUACUGAUAUCAAUUUAUUUAAACUGGUCUUUUACUGAAACAUGUUUAUUUUUUGUUAGCUUUUUCAUCCAAACCUGUUAUUUUCUGAAAAACAGUGGUGCCUUUGGAAAAAAUAGAAUCUGUAAAUUGUCUAAUAAAAAUGGAUUGAUAGUAAUGUAGAGCUAAUUCUAACCAUUUGUGUUUUCAAAACAAGAAAUACUGGGAGAAUUCCAAAUAGAAAGGGAUCAUUCGAAAAAGUAGUACAAAAAGAGAAAGAGCUUAUCCCUGCAGAAAUCAAUAUGUGACCAUCCAGAGUUACCUUGAUAUAUUGACUCCACUGUCAGGACCUUCCAAGGCACAGCUGAAACCUAAUUGUAUCCCAAAAUGUUUUAAUCAAGCUUUAUUAAGUGUAAUCUGUGUCCAGGAAACCAGCCCCUAUUAUUUGGUAUGAUGGACUUCAUUGGAAGCAUGUAGGGUUCAUUUCUGAAUUUGAAAAAAUAUUUAGUGCCAUUUGCACUGGUAGCAUAUGCUUGCUAAAUUUUAGAAAGGGACACUUUGUUUUUAAGUGAAUGUAUUUAUUAGCAGAAAUAUGAAUGUAAGUGUUAAGACUAACCUAUAUUCAGUUUUAAGAUGAGCCGCCUCAUGCAACAGCAAAUGCAACUCUCACUAGCUCUUUUUUACUGUACUUCUUUAUGUUGUACCAACCAACAUUAACCAAAACUUGUGCAAAGAGAACAGCAAAUAGCGUGCGCUCAGCUGCUCUGCACAAAUAGUUGUUUGAAAUAUAUGUGCAUUGUAAUACCUGUGUUUUGUUUAUUUUGUGUAUUUAAUGUUGCACAACACUGUACUGUACUGUAUCAAUAGAGAAAAUGUUAUAUGUUUGUACUCCUUUGUUAUAAUGGUCAUGGAUUUCACUGUUACAUGUCUACUCCUGCUUAACUUCUAUGAUAGAGUUUUGGGACAUUAUAAUUCAUGGUUUAUUUUUCACCAUUCUGCAGCACUGGUAUGCUAAGAUUAGCACAUCCCUUAUCUUAGAAGUUCUCAAGUGGUAAAACAUUUCACACCUAUUACAUUUUGAAAUAGUUUAUUGUAGAAUAAUGUAAAAGAAUAAAGAUUACAAUUAUAAAUGUGGUUAAUGAG